GCAAGCAGUUGGUAACAGGGUAAGACUCAACCUCUGGAAGCAGCCGUUAGCUUCCUAAAAGACACUGUUAUUAGCAUCUGCCUAUGUUCUAUGAAAGCAGAAGUAAAAGAAAAUCACUGAAAAUGUCUGCCAAAAAGCAAAGUGAGAUAGGCAGUGACUCCGAAUCAGAAAAAGAGGUUGAGAAUGCCAACAUCAAAGAAAGAUGGUCCGGAACUGCUCUCGAUCUUCCCGUGGUCUCCAAGCUUGAAAUCCCAUUCUCUGUACAGGCAGUAAUCUCUCGGAUCGAGCAAGCGCAGCUCCUUCGAGCCAGAGAGGAUAUUAGUGCGCAACUGAAUAACAUACUGAACAAUGUGCAUCGAAUAAUAACUCGCUAUACUGCUCUUGAUCUUAACUCCUCUCCUGGAAGAAGGAGCUCCUAUACAGAAUCCAAGAAAACACAAAGAAAUCUUGUUUUGGAGAACAUGUCUUCUUUUGCUAAGGCUGUUGAUCUUAAAGAAAAGGCUCUGGUCUACAUUCUGUCCUGGUUGGAAGAAUGGAAUGCCAUUUUGUCUGAGAUAACGCUAAUUGACAUGGAAGAACACCACCACUGGAUCGCACAAAUGGAGAUGUUACCAGAGACGUUAAAAGCUAUCAACAAGAAUGUCAUGCUAAUGUGUAAAAUUUGUAGAGCUUUCCUUGAAGAUAAGAAGAAACAAAAGAAAAAAAUGUUAUCUAGAGGUACUCUAUGGAAAACUUGGAAAGAAAGAGCUUUGAAGCGACCUGCAACGGCCCAUGCUUUAAGACCAGAUCAGAUAAUUAGCGAUCAACUUGCAACAAAUACAAAGGUGUCAGAAAUUCAAGGUAUGCUACAGGAACUGAUAGGCACAGCAAUGUUCAACAAAAUGGAAAGCAAUGCUAUUAAAUAUAUAUCAUCAACAAUAAUAAACUUUUCUAAAGCCUUGAAUAUGCUAAAUGAUGAAUUAAAACUUAUGAACUUCCAAAAUGUCACUGUAUAUGUAGAUGAAGCAAAAGAAGAAGAAAAAGAUCUCCCCAUGAAGAUAAUCCAGGAUCUCAGUGAACAAAAUGAAAUGCUUACUCAGAAACUUAAAGAUGCAGAAGACAAAUGUGAACAACUUAUUCGAUCCAAAGUUGUUUCAGGACACCGAGCAUACAUAUCAUCACCCACAUUCCCAACCUUGAAAGUACCACCCGGGCUUUCUCCGCAGUCAUCCAUGGCCAUGGAGGACACUAUGGACAGUAUUUUAACCAAAGAAUUUGAGAAUAUUCUAGAUGAAUCCCAAAGAAAAGGGGCCAAAGGCACUGGGGUAAAGUGGGAUUCAGCUAUUUCAUACACACCUCAAGUUGAAAUGACUCCAGACUUAACUGACCAGCAAUAUAUUUUAUCUGAGAAAAAGCGGAAAAUUUUGUCUCAAGAUACUUCUGGAGAUAACAUAUCGCUGAAGAAAGACGACAGUGAUCAGAAAGAUGGCACAGGCGGGUAUUCACCACAAAACAAAAAGCUCACCAAAGAGCCCCAACCACAGGGGGCCUCUGAAUCAAGUUUGAGCACUGGCAAAGAGGAACAAAAAGCCUUAGUGGCCAAACCCGGUCAAUACGCUGAGCAACCAGCCCUGGAAAAAAGGAAAAAACGGAGAAAAUCAUCUUCUGAAGCUAAAUCAAAGUCAUCUACUGAAUCCAAAGGCCAACACAUCUCUUCUAUGGCAACCAAGAGCCAAGACCAGAAAAGUGGAAAAGGUACAUGGGAGCAACUCCAAAAGCUCCAACCUGAACAUCCGCCUAAAAAAGGCCCAACCCCAUCGGAGGCUAAGUUAGAACCCACCUCUAAGUCAACGGACAAAGACACCAGAAGUGAACUGACAGGGCCAUUCAGGAUGUUCAAGGCUGAUUUCGCCUCUGAGCCACAGAGAGUUGAAAUGAAAGGAAAGAAACAGCAAGUCAUUUCGGGAACUACCACAAGCAAAGAGGACAAAACGGAAGAGAAAGAGAUACAUGGCCUCGUCAGACAGGUCCAGUCUCUGCAGCUGGCUGACGCACAGUCAAAGGUCACUAAAGAGACUCUAGCAAGCCCAGACGGCAAAAGUGAACAGAACAACCUAGAGUUAUUUCAAAAAGCGAUCAUGGCUUUCCUAAAAGAAAAAAUUGAUAACACAGGAAAGCCUUCUGACAAAAAGAGAGCGCUGAAGGAGGAAGAGUCACUUAUGAAAGCAGAAGUUGAAAAGCUGGGAGUCAUACAGGCAAAAAUGGAGGAAUAUUUCCAAAAAGUGGCUGAAACUGUGACUAAAAUCUUGAGAAAAUACAAAGAUAUAAAAAUGGAAGGACAAGCUGGAGAGAAACGUGUAAAACAAAAGCAGGCAGUCAUGUUUACGCCAGGAUUGCACGUGCAGGAGUCAUCAGAGAGUGCGAAGUCUGAAAUCAGCUCCUUCCUCUCACACGAGAGCACAGACCCAGUAAUUACCACUUUAUUACAGAUGAUCCUGGCGGAGAUGGAACGUGAAAGAGAUGUCCCAAAAGUUUUGAUAACAGGAAAGGUCCACAAGGGGAAAGGAAAAGGGCAGCAGGAGAAAUAUUUGCAAGAAGAUCAGGAUCAGAUGUCUGGUGUGGACCUCAAACCCCACCAACUGGAAGUAAAAGGUCUCUGGAAGGAGAGCUUGAAGAUAAGAGAGCCUUCGCAGGGGAAAAAGGAACUGCUGCAGAAGAAGGCAAAGCAAGAGCAGCGGGAGGAGAAACAGGGGCAAGAAGAAGACAGGGGGACGGAACAGCAAAAACAGAGGAUUCAAGAGCAAGAUGAACAACAAAAGCACUGGGAAAGUGAGACGGAAAAGCAGCAGAAGCUGAAGAAGCAGCAGCUCCAAGCGCGGAAGCAAAAGGUGAAAGGACAAGAUGCGCCCUUGGAGGAGAACGACAGGGAGAUGAUCCAGCAGAUCCAGAAGGGCAUCUGGCUUAAGAACCUGGACAUGAGCAGGGGGAAAGAUGAGGCGAGGAAGCGGCUGAGCAGGGAGAUGGAGGAUCUCAAAAGACAGACGCCGAACACAGCGAAGUAUCCGAGGGCGAAAAGACCUGAAGAGCUAGCAGACAUGCUCACCCAAAGUUCAGUGAAGUUAUCCCCAAGGGAGAAGAGCACAUUGAAAAAUAAGACCCAGUUAUACCAAGCAGAAAAGAUGCAAAGGAAUCUUAGGACCUUAGAGAGUUCUCUAGAUGUAAAGCACCCCAAAACAGUCUCUCCUCCCACCCCCACCCAGUCCUUCCUGACUGGGACCAGUCUUGAGUCUGAGCGUCCUCUCACAAAAUACUUUCCUCUCAGUCCUGGGCAGGCCCUGGCAGUGGGCGUCACUCCCAUCCCUCAGGAGGUUCAGAAAAUGGAGCUCACCACUUCCCCUGUGAUAUCUCAGACUUCGGGGGUCACACUCAGUUCUGAGAGGGCGCAGGCUCCGAGGGCUGCGCUUACUCCUGAACACACUUCAAGAAUGCAGACCCCUUUCAUAACAGAGCAGGCGCAGGAAGGAGGCACUGUAAGAACUCAGGAACAGGCUCUCGCUUCCAGGGUUCCUCUUACGCCUGAACAAGCACAGACGCUAAAGGAAUCGCUCAUAUCAGAAAAAACUCAGGCAAUACAGAUCUCAUCAAAAACUAAAGAGUCACAGAUAUUUAGGGUCCCUAUUGCCCAAGGAAAGACUGAGGCCCUGAGGGUUCCUCACACUCCUCAGGAGGGUCAGGGCCUGCUGAUGACUCUGACCCCUCAGCAGGCCCAGGACCUGGGGAUCACUCUGACCCCUCAGCAGAUGCAAGCUCAAGGGGUCACUCUGACCCCUCAGCAGGCCCAAAGGAUCACAUUCACCCCUCAGCAGGUUCAGGCAUUUGGCGUCCCUCUGACCUGGCAAAAGCUUGCCACAUUGGCUCCUUCCACUCUUAGGCCAUUUCAGGAAUCGAAGGCCUCUUUUUCCAUGCAACAGUCCAUUAAAUCAAGAUCAUCUCCAAGGGCUAGGCUGCCCCUGACAUUAUCAGCUCCUCCUGCUGAGAAGAUCUCUAUACCUAGUGUUUAUUCUCCUUUGCAAAAAGUAAGACCUCUUCUCAGCCAAACCCCUUUUACUCCUGGGAAACACUCAGGAAAGAACAUUCGUUCUGCCCCUGGAAGGCUACUGGGCCCACAGAUCCUUCCUACCUCCCAACCAAUGCUAGUACUUAAAGGUCAAGCCAUUCCCACGGGGUCUCUGCCACGGGUUUCUCCUGCCCCUGGGCGUCACCCGGUAUCUGGGGCCCCUCUCCCUGCAGAGCAGCCCCUUCACCCAGAGGCCCUUAGCUCUUCACACUUCUUCACGCGUGGAGGCCCUCUGACUCCCUGGCCACCUCUGUCUUCCCAGGCCUCUCUCCCCCUCAGGCCUCCUCUUGUAUCAUGCCCCUCUGGACAGAUUCCCAGGCUCUGGACUCCGCUCUCUCCUGGGCAGUCCUUGGUUCCAGGAGUUUCUUCCAUCAGUAGGGAGGAGCUGAGGGAAUCUGCACCCUUAGCCUUCUCCGAGUGGCCCCAGGGAUUCCGGCCUCCUGCCACCCCUGAGCUGCCUCUGCAGACCCCUGCUACCUUCGGGCAGCCUCUGGCACCGUGGACCCUUCCUGAGCCAAUUUCCCCGUUAUGGCUCCCUCCCACCCCUAGGCAUCCCUCUAUACCAUGGGCCCCCCCAACCCCAGGGAAGCCUCAGAGAGUCUCGUCCUCUUCUGUCACUCAGAAAAGACUGGCAAUUGUUUCUUCUCUAAAAUCUAAAUCAGUGGUGGUCCAGGCAAGGGCUACAGAUUUCAGGGUAUCCCAAGCAGCUUUCACCACUAAGAAGCUCCAAAUAUCAGAGCCCCCUGACACUGACGAAGAAACCCAGAUACUCCAAGAUACUGGUGUCACGGAACCAUUGGAAACACUCCCGUUGUCUCUCACCAGUUACAGGACACCAGGUUCGCAAGCCCCAUACACUGAUGAGGCGGUCCUUCCCACCUCCACGAGGCCAGCAAUAUCAUUACCUUCCCUUCCUCCUCGGCUACCUAAGAUGCCACAAAGCUCGCCUUCUGAAGGGCUCCAGAAACCCCGAUUCCCCUCCACAGACCAGCCCUGGACACUGACUUCAGUUUCAGGUACCCAGAAACACAAAAUGAUGGUGCCCCCUUCCUCUCCUAAAGAGACUGUAGAGAAGAGGUAUUUUGUCGACGUGGAGGCUCAGAGGAAGAAUCUGAUACUAUUAAUUCAAGCCACAAAAGAUUCCGGACUCCCACCGCAACAACACACAACAGCUAGGAAUCUCAUCAUUGGAACACUUCAUAUGGACACGAUCCGGCUGGGAUACCUGGUCCGCAAGUACAUUGCCUAUAGGCUGAUCCAACGUGCCAGAAACAACAUAAUCAAACGAUUAAAGGCCAUCCAGAACACCGGCAGAGGCCAUGAGACCCGGAGCCUCUACACCAUGCUGAGCAGAAUUGAUGCUUAUCAGAAAAGGGUGAUGGCGGUCUGGUCUAAAAAGCAGAAAUCUCUCGAGCAGAAACGAAAUCAAGGCCUGAAGAAAAUGGUGCACUUAUUUAGCCAGUUCCAGAAGAUGUAUAAACUGAAUCUUAGUCAGCCUAUCCCCUUGAUGGCUGCUAAAAAGAAGACACCCACCCCUACCACAUUUGCUCCACAACCAGUCCUAGAGUUGCUGAUUGAAGAGGAAGCAAAAACCGACAUUUUCAACAAAUUUAGACAAAGAGAAGCUGUGAGGGAGGCCGUUUGGAAUGCUGACCUGUCCACCUCAAGCUACCCAAUAACAAAGAAGACAUCGGUAACAUCACUCUGGGCCCAGCUGGGUGGGUACCCAGAUAUUCCUAGGCUGCUCCAGUUAGAUAUUCAAUCCACGUUCAGAAAAUCUCUUGCGUCUGUCCAGUCACAGAAAGUAAAGGACUAGAAGCGUUCCGGUCUAAGAAGAUUCCCAAGUGACUGUAAAAUUAAAUGCAAGCCUGUUGAAAGCAAAU